AUGAAUUUCCGACUUCAAUUCCUGACUGCUGUUGUGCUUUGCUUUACGUUUACUUUCGGAUUUCCAGCAGAUGAAUCCAUUUGUGAUGUGAGCUUUAACCCGGCACCUGUUGAGGGAAAAUUACCUCCAGCUUUCCCAGCCGGAACUUCACCAGGUUUCAUUUGCGGUUUCCAGAAUAAGACUGCUCACGUAGUUAAUUAUCGUCAAUGUCGAACCUGUCUUCCUACUGCCAAGGGCAAAAAGUGUCAAUUGCUCAAUAACGCAACAGCUCCUGUGAUCGAGUCACACAAUUGUACCCUUGCUUAUGGCCCAGUAGAUCUUGUUGAUAUAACUAAAUCUCAAAAAUACUAUUGUAAAGAUGAUCAAAAUUACUCUUGUGGUAAAAUCGAAAACGCUACUGUGUGCGAUGAAUGUACCUCAUAUUCACCAAUCGGGACAACCUUAUUCUGA